AUGGAUGAAUGUAUAUUGAAUAUGGAGGAUGAAGAGAGAGAGAGAGCAAUAGUGUUCCAAGAUGUUAGCUACAAAUUCCAAUUGCACACAAUGGUAUCAGCUGCUUCAAAGAACUCGGGCAGUUCACCCACCCAAACGCCGAACUCUGGCAUCAACAUCGAUAGAUUCUUGUUGUGCGGAUUCGACUUGAAAUUGGGUCUUUGCUAUCGUCUCAACAUCUGUUUUUAUGAUCGUUCGAAACGUGUCUUUUUUGGUCGACCAUUUCGGAGCGAUUGGAUUAGUUCUGAUGAUCGCAGUAGUAGUAUUCAGUUCGAUGAGUUAAUCUUCUUCCACACGUCGAUAAAAGAUGAUCAAGUCUAUGUGGUCAUCGAAGUGCUUGUAAACGAGCGUCCGAAUGCUGUCAGCACGUCAGCAGAUACUCCUCAUAUCUUCUCCUUAGCAUGGACUGUAUGCCCACUACAUAAAGUUUCAACGUCAGUCCACGAACUCAACUCAAAAUCUGCCAUGGAACAAUUGUAUCAUUCGAGGUUUUGCUUGUAUCGUGGUUCACCAAUAUUGCUGAUGUUUUUGACGGAUGAUAAAGCGGAUCUCGCAGAAAGCCUGCCGAAAGCUGGCGGUGCCAUGUUGGAACUCUGCUUGCAAACACAUCAAAAUCUAAUGAAACUGGCCGAUUUUAUUCCUGAAUUCUGCAUUGUCGCUGCUGACGAAGCGAUUCCUGGUAUGAAGAUAGCCGUAGAAGACGAUGCAUCGCAGUCGUUCGUUGUGUUGGAAGAGGCGUGUAUUGCAUGCGUGAUUGAUGAGAUCGUGCUAUCGUUCAGUACGCAAAUGAUCAAGUUUGAACAAGUGUUGAUCGAGUUGCUGAACAACGAUCGCCUCUAUCGAGCCAAUAAAUCACCGAAUGAUAAACACAUCAAACCGUUGGAAGUGCUCGAACGAAGACUGAAGGUUGGUAUCCACAAUGGUUUCGUUUAUGUGGAUGAGCCGCAGUGUUUUCAUUUCUCGUCGUUGCAUGAGGCUGAAGACACUUUAACGAGGAGGAAAUUGGGAUCGUUGCGUGGCGCGAAAUCGUGUUCAGAUCUUCUUAAUUCGGGAUCGAGGAACGAGUCGACACUAUUCUUGAGAAAUAAUAUAACACUGAAGCGAUUGGUCGUCGAUGUACAUUAUGCAAUCGUUUUUGCGUUGGAAUAUCUCGUUGGCGUUCGCACUUUUGAUGGUACCGCUUCAUCGUCACAAACAGUGAUGAUCGGAUGGAGUGCAUGGUGUCCGUUUGCUGCGAGUGCUAGUGACGGAACGUCAACACAUCAGCGGAUUAGUAUCCCGCUUACUGGAGGACCGUGUCUGAACGCAGACGAGACUUUAUGUUUUAAUAAUAAUCUGAUGAGAUGUCAGCGAGAUAAAUGGACGAAUGAUAGUGGAGAUUAUCAGUCGUUGUCGCUAUCGCCGACAAUUCAUCUGCACUUCACUUAUGAUGCACAACUGAGACGUAGUAGAUCAGAAGUGGGUGAGCUGAAUUUGGGCGAGAGAAUGUAUGACAGGAGACGGGAGAUGGACGACGUUCCACUUCUAGAUCGAACACCAUCGAUAGUGACCGAUCGAAGUCUAGAACACGAAGAAUUAAUCGUUGAUGGUGACAAAAGAGAAAAGCACUCAAUUGUGGCACCACUGACUCCGGCAGCUCGUAGAAGCGGCAGGGCUUCUGAUGGUUAUGCAGUUGUGAAAGCACGACGUCGUUCGUCGACGAUAGGCGCAGGGCAAGUGCGACCUCAGGCUGAACCUCAAACUGAGGCUAACAGAUUUGCUGAUGGGUCAUCAGCUAUGACAGAAACGCAGGGAGUGUCACGCGACAAAACUCGUGGUCGUCCACAUGUAUUCGUCGGUCAUUCAACAGGUUUGAAGACGAUUUCGAAUAUUCCCAAAGAAACACUCAAUAGAAUAAUGCAACCGCCGAGCAAUUUCACGCAGAUAUACGAUCGAAAUCGCAAUAGAGCCGUUCUGGUGGACAUUCAUAAUAUUAAGGAACCAAAUUUGAAUGUCGAAUUGAACGAUCGGUUGAAUACCAAUGAAGUGGUUUUGCAGUUUCUCGCACUUACCGAAAUUUUAGUGUUAUGCAAUGAAAACGUGGUGAAUGAUUCUCCACGAGUAUACGUGCUGAAACGUUCAGAUUCAACGGCGAAAUUGAUUGACGAGCAAGGAUAUGGUUUCACGGUAAAAUACACAGUGGACAGAAGGUCAAUACCCGAUGAUGAACCGGAUGAUUUCAUUUCAUACUUGUGCAAUCAGAAUCUGCAAAUCGACGUUUGGGAUGCCACAUCGUUGAUACCAAUUGGUUGCGCGAAUGUUGCGUUGAAGUAUUUGCUGCGACAAGGCCGUGAGGCAGUUGAAGCGUGUGUGCAAGUGCCGAUCGUUCAGAGUGCCCUUCCCGAUCCACCCGAAGUGCAUUCCAUUCUAAUGUUGCGACUGGCAAACAUCGGGCAUCCUUCAACGAAACAUAUCGACUUGACGUGUAGUCGUACACCGGCGAUUGUGUCGCAACGACUGGGCUCGUGUAUGGGCGUGGAAGGCGUCGAAUCGUAUAGAAUUCGAGCGAAGCCACUGAAUCCGGCACAGUACGAAAAUUCAACAAUGCAGAGGUUCAUGGCAGCUCAGAAAUUAGAUCUCAAAUUGAGAUACGACGAAAUCUUCAAUGAGCAGUCUUUGAAACGUAUUCAAAAUUUUCGCAAUGCCUCACAACUGCAAUCCACAACGUGCCUUACAACUAAGUCUUUCGCAUUUUCUCAACUUUCGAUAUGGGACAUUUUGUUCAUUAUGCAGGGAUCAGUGAAGCGAUUCUUGUUCCAUCAAGAACUCGAGGCGUACAAAAAGAUUCGUAAUGAAAAUAAGGCAUCCAAACUGUUGAAAGCUGUCUUCAAAGCGAUUUCCACUGAGCACAGGUUGUUGGUUCGUCAUUAUUUCCAAAAUUCUGAUCUUUUUCUUAGUAUAAAAAAGCAUUUCAGAAUCUUCGCCUGUUAUGGGCAAAUACAUUUUUUUGAAUUCCUUCUGCAGAAUUCAGAAUCUGAACCACUCGACGUUUUGAUUGAUAUCACCGGGCCCGCACUGAGGUUAUUUUCUCGUGCAGUGCUGAACGUAGACGAAUGGCAAUUCUUUAAGCGACGUAACGAUAUCGAAACACCAAUUGUGAAAGAUUUAUUCGUGACGAAGAAAAUUCGUAAUGAGAGUGGUGUGGAUGAUGUGGAGCAGGUUCAGAUCCAACUGAAACCUUUGCAGAGCGUUUUCAUACCGUUUAAAUAUGAUGCCUUCUUGACAUCGUCAAAACAACGUUCAAGAACGGAGCACUUGAAAGUGAUCUUCAAACGAGUUGACAAUGGUGAGCCACUGGCGAUAAUCGACGUACAAGCGCAGAAUCGUGCCAACAUCAUCAGUCAGUCGUUACGCUUCUUCGUUGAGGCAGAAAUGAAGCUGACCAAAGUGAUUCGUAUAUGUGGAACAAAAGAUGGACGCUACGUAAUGAGUGUACGAUGCUCAGAUCCCACAGUGUUACUCUCAGUUCGUGAUGCUCCAGACAACACGCAGGAUAUCGUGAUUACGUGCCACACCAGCGCUUCGCCAUCAUUACGUUCGUUUAUUGUUUUGCUUUACGCGGACAGAUAUAAUUAUGAGCUGAUCGGGGUGUGGGCCAUUCAUUUGCAUUCAGCGCACAAGAUUCAAGCCAAGACUGUUCAAGCUCAACGCGUACAAUUGCCACUUCUUCUGAAGUUAGUCGUCGCACUGAUUCUCGUCUCUGGUUAUACUUAUUCGUUAUUUGAUGCAUUCAGAACGGAUGGUAACGAUCACUGCGUUCAACUGUUCUCAUCGUGCACCUCACGAAUCCUUUUGCACCCGUCCGAGCCAUUCUUAACGGCAAACACGCGUUUGCAUGAAAUCGAUGCCACGUUCAUGCCUGAUUUUAUUGGUGAUAGAACUUUUUUGAUCACAGCGAUUGACAUAAGAUCGCAUCAACUGCUCAACGAAUGGCUAUUGUACGCUCAAGUCGAUUCGUUAGAUGUCAAUAAAAUUUAUCGUAUUCGUUUACCCGUCAAAAGAACGCUAAUAAAGAAGAUUCCAUUGACGAAUGAGUACGGAAUCGCACGUGCCUAUCGCCUCGUGUCCUCCCAGCCCGAUCUUUUAACGAUCGAUGAUGAAAUCGUUUACUUAGAGGCACAUAGCGCUACUCAAAUAGCGCUCACAUUCCUGCCAUACCAAAUGCCGUUUUCUGUGGAGGUGUUUUUAUUUGUGCUCAACGCAGAUGAUGAUCUUCAGGAGCAAGUCUUUUCCAUACGAAUACAAUAUUUCGAAGAGUGA